CAGGUUUAUUGCGAGUUGCCGGUUCGUGGUCGGUCCUUCGGAGGUUUUCUAUUGCAAGCCUUGUUCGUAGCCGAAGAAGAGGAAGCAGUGAUACAGCUCCUCCCAGUUAUUUAUAGUGCAAAUAUGAAGUUGAGUGAAGUGCAUUCCCUUUGAGAUAAAAAAUUUGCGAAAGGAAUCUGAUGAGAGUGAGAUGUAACAGAACCAGUGGCGGUUGGUGAUUAGAAGUCACAUGUUCAGGAGAAAGACUCUCAGUGAAGUUUUGAAGUGAUCGGUUUGAUUGUGCUCAAUGUGUAGAGCGGAAGGAGUUAAGGAUCGUAUAGUGCCAGGCAAGACUUCCAGCUGCUGAGAGAAAAUUACAGGAUUUGUUCCAAACUGUUGGAUUACUCUACACAACGCUUAGAGAAAAAUUUUUGGUUCGUAUAUUUUGAACAGCGGAUUGGAGCAGCAUUCGUUUCAAACUUUUGAUGUCAUACUCCGUUCUAUUGUUAAACUGGAAGUUGAAACUGAAGGUAAUGGUCGACUGUAAAAUCUCCUGGAAGCUGAAGGAAUAAAACAACAAUCACCUGAGAGCAAACGGUAUCCUAACAACGACUACCAUAGUCAUAAACUUCUAUCGGGAAGCAAUAAGAAACUGACGUCCUUUAUUGUUAUCCUGUCUACAGUUCGGGAUACAGGAUACGUUGCCGAGAGGAGCAAAGCAUCCUACCCGGAACAGUAAAUUUUAAGAUUCACACCGGCGAUAAAACUGGGAAAAAAACGAAUAUCGGACCAUAAAAAUUCGUGAAAGGAAAGAAAAGGGACGAAACCCUUGGUUCGCGAUUUCAUUAGUAGAAAGUCUAGCAAAAUGUCGGAAAAUUAACGCUUCGGUCGAAUUUAAAGAAUAGAUCGGGAAACGGUUGAACUUUUCACUUUUCUGCAGUUUAUUUCACUAGCGGCAGGAGCUAAUCUAAGGGCUCAGUAAUGUGCGGUGGAAAUGAAGUAGCCACUUCCAUUAUUUUAUCUUUAAUCCUAUGAAGAAUGACUUCAAUCUCAAGGCUGUGCUGCUCAUUCUAAGACCCGGUUCAUAUGGAAAUGCUUCCCAUGGAGUGAGUUUUCCAAAAAAAUCGUUAUUUUAUAAUGCCCGUAUAAGUGUUCGUAUGUGACUAGUGUUUGUGUUGGUUUCGGUGUCGAUAAUUGGUGACCACCGUGUUUAACAAUGCCCCUAAAUUGGACGGAUCGAUUUCUUGUGCAUCAGCGAGGGCCGCGGCAGUACUUACAGCAACAACACAAGCAACCCAACAAACGGCAGCAUCUUAGCAUCAAAUCCAAUUUUAUUUUUCUCAUAUUUUGGAUUUAUUGCGUUGCACCAGCAUAUGCCCAAUACAGAUCUCCUAAGAUAACAGAGCAUCCUAGCGAUAUAGUUGUGCCGAAAAAUGAACCAGUCACAUUAAACUGUAAGGCCGAAGGCAAACCCGAACCGACAAUCGAAUGGUUUAAGGAUGGUGAGCCAGUCAAGACAAGCCCGAACGAUAAUAAAUCCCAUCGAGUUUUAUUACCAUCCGGAUCACUUUUCUUCCUUCGAACGGUCCACGGGAAAAAGGAACAGGAUGGUGGAGUUUACUGGUGUGUGGCGAGAAACCAAGCCGGAAAAGUGUAUAGUCGAAAUGCAACUCUACAAAUAGCAGUACUUCGAGAUGACUUCAGAGUGGAGCCCAAGGACACAAGAGUGGCAGCCGGUGAAACUGCUCUGCUAGAGUGCGGACCACCUAAAGGCAAUCCUGAACCGACCCUCAUCUGGGAGAAGGAUGGUGUCCCUCUGGAUACAGACGAUCUACGAGGACAGUCACAUGGCACCAUGUCACGAAUUCGAAUCGUUGAUGGUGGUAAUUUACUAAUUAGCGACGUUAAACGAAUCGACGAGGGAAAGUACAAGUGUAUUGCUCAAAACGUGGUGGGCAAUCGUGAAAGUGCUGUUGCCAAAUUAACCGUUCAAGUGAAACCAACAUUUAACAAGGAACCGACAGAUUCAACAGUAGUUGCCGGGCAAACUGUUCAAUUCGAUUGUUCUGUUAACGGAGAUCCACAACCACAGAUACUCUGGCGAAAGGAUGAAGGACAUAUGCCGGUGGGCAGAGCCAACAUUCAGGAAGAGGACCGCAGUCUCAUCAUUAAGAAUGUGCAACCGAUGGACGAAGGCACCUACAUAUGCGAUGCGCACAAUGCAGUUGGGCAAAUAAGCGCCCGAGCUCAUCUUUAUGUUUAUUCAUCGCCAACAUUCACGGUUAAGCCGCAGGACAAAAAGGUUGGUCUCAAUGGAGUAGCGACUUUUGAUUGCGUUGCCAAUGGGAAUCCACCACCGUCUGUCUUCUGGACAAAGGAAGGCUCGCAAAUGCUCAUGUUCCCGGACAAUUCCUAUGGACAUUUACACGUCACGAGUAAAGGAUCCUUGCAAAUUCGUGGCGCACAAAAGGACGAUGCCGGAUAUUUUGUCUGUUCCGCUCUGAGUGUCGCCGGCUCAUCAACAAUUCGAGCAUUUCUGCAGGUUACGUCCGUUGAUGAUACACCGCCGCCCAUUAUUCAAAUUGGACCGUCGAAUCAGACAUUGCCGAAGGGCAGUGUUGCUACAUUGCCCUGCCGAGCCACUGGAAAUCCCGUGCCCCGUGUCAAAUGGUACAAGGAUGGUAUACCGCUUACAAACGGACAUCGAUUCAUGAUUGUUCAGGGCGGCUCAUUGAAAAUCGAUGAUUUGCAGCUAACAGAUACUGGUCUUUACACUUGCACUGCUUCGUCUGAGAGCGGGGAGACAUCUUGGUCAGCAACACUCACUGUCGAGAAGAGCAGCUCGUCGAUAUUGCAUCGUUCACCGGAUCCAAGUACCUUCCCAUCGCCACCGGGAACACCGAAAGUGGUCAACGUCACGCAAAGUACAAUUACAUUACGCUGGACCAAACCGCUAGAGAAGCCGGCAGCCAGUCCAUUGAUCGGAUACACAGUGGAAUAUUUCAGCUCGGAUUUGCAGACCGGCUGGGUUGUGGCCGCUCAUCGUGUUCCUGAUCAAAUAAUAACGAUAUCGGAGCUGAAGCCAGGCACCUCAUAUGUGUUUCUGGUUCGCGCUGAAAAUUCACACGGCCUAUCGGUGCCAUCUGGCCUGUCGAAUGUUGCCAGGACGCUCGGCAACGAAUUAGGUGUAGUACCACAAGCUGAACUGGCUGCCGCCAGGUCCGUUUUGAGUGGGAAGGUUGUCGAACUUAUCGACGCUCAACCAAUAAACUCGACAUCACUUCGUCUAGACUGGCAGAUGUAUGUUAGUAUGACCGAGGAAUACGUUGAAGGUUUAUAUAUUCGCUUUCGUGAUGUGAGCGGUGGCUCCCAGAAGUACAACAUCAUGACCGUAUUGAAUCCAUCUCUGGAAACUCACGUUGUGUCCAAUUUAAAAAAGUUCACGAAAUAUGAAUUUUUCAUUGCGCCCUUCUAUCGUACGUUAGAGGGGCAACCGAGCAAUUCAAAGCUCGUUCAAACGUUGGAGGACGUUCCAUCCGCUCCGCCAGACAAUGUUCAAACGGGAAUGCUGAAUUUAACAGCUGGUUGGGUAAAAUGGCAGCCCCCACCGCCACAGCACCAUAAUGGAAUUCUUCUGGGCUAUAAAAUUCAGGUAAAAGCUGGAAAUUCGUCUAAAGUUCUCGCCCAAAUGACAUUGAACGCCACCACCAUGUCCGUUAUGCUAAACAACCUCACAACCGGAGCCACUUACAAUGUAAGGGUAGUUGCAUAUACAAGGGUUGGAGCAGGGCCAUAUUCACAGCCUAAGUCACUUGUGAUGGACCCAGCACACUUAAUUUCACCACCCCGUGCUCACCCAAGCGGAUCCUUGAGCGGUAUUGACGACUCAUCGUCCUCGACGACCCAUCGGAAAUCGAACGUUGUGCACGAGACGUGGUUCAUGGCACUUGUGAUUACAAUGCUUUUGGCAAUUUUGAUUUCCGCAGCAGCCGCCAUGCUUUUUUUCAAGCGUCGUCAUCAACUCACAAAGGAGCUGGGCCACUUAAGCGUUGUUAAUGCAAGCGAGAUAACAGCCUUGAAUAUAAACGGAAAGGAAAGCCUCUGGAUAGACAGGGGUUGGCGAACUACCGACACGGACAAGGACUCGGGAUUAAGUGAAACGAAAUUAUUGUCGAACCCCAAUAGCCAGCAGUCAAAUUAUACAGAUGCCGGAACAGACUAUGCUGAAGUGGACACUCGAAAUUUGAGCACGUUUUAUAAUUGUCGAAAGUCACCAGACAACCCGACGCCAUAUGCAACAACAAUGAUAAUUGGAACCUCCUCCACGGAUAGCUGCAUGAAGAACUCCUCAUCGAGCAACGAGCAAAGUUCAUCAGGGACACAUAGUCCUCAUUCAGACCCAUCUCAAGGAUACGGCGGUAUCCAAGGCAGCGGCGGUAAACACAUGCAAGGACAUAACUACCAUCAAUAUCCGCCGGUUCCAAUCAAUUGGUCAGAGUUCCUUCCUCCACCGCCAGAGCAUCCACCGCCUGCACCACAAGGACAACCAUCGAUGGGUUGCGGUGGAAGAGGAGGAGGUGACGGCAACAACAGUGCAGCAGUUGGUGGAGGAUGCUAUGCUCCAGGAAGUCCUCAGUCGAGUCGGAAGAGCUCGAAAUCUGGAUCAGGAAUGUCAAUGCAUCAGAAUACAAUGAAUUCAUCCCAACAUAGUGGAUCAUCGGGUGGCUUUUCAUCGUGGGGUGGUGGCCCUCAGCCACAAUACUGUAACCGACAGGAAGGCUACUACAACAAUCCGCUUCCAUAUCCACCAAAUUCUUCCCACCCAAGUGGUCAGAAUCGUUAUCAAAUAACACCGACAAGUCAAUUGCCCCCACCUAUACCCUACUACCCUCAACCACAGCAAUCAGCCAAUCCUAUUCCACCAAGAAGUCUUCAUAUCCACUAUCCGCCACCGCGGCAUGCGUUAUCAGACUACCAACCAGUCGGCCAUCAAUCACAACGAUGUAACAAUGGAAGAAGUUGCAACAGUUGUGAUGCCCUCACAUCGCCACAGCUUCCGAAUCCCGAGUGGUAUCAACCACUACAAAAUAGUUCUAAUCAAAAUCAAAUCUACACAUGUUCCUCUGACUGUUCGGAUAGUUCGUUACGGAAUAGCCAUCAAGGACAUCAUCACGCGCACAACAGCUAUCACAAUCAUCACCAGCAUCAUCCGCACCAGCAUCAUCAUCAGCAGCAUCCGCAACAUCAGCAACAGCAGCAGCAAUCGCAUCCUGGUGCAUCGCAUAGCUUAGUACAUUCCGCCGAUAAUAGUCAUGAUAAUCUUAAGUCAGGUAGCUACAUUCUAAAUCGUUGCAACGGUAACAAUGGCUUCCAAGAAUCUGAUGAGACUGAACGCGAACAUAUGCUUAAAUCGACAUGCUCGUGUGACAUAAGUGGUGAUACGGAUCAGAGAAAUUGCAGCGAAUGUUGCAGUUCGCGCGACGGCGAUACUUGCUCCUGCAGUGAAAGUUCUUGUCUCUAUGCCGAGGCUGGAGAGCCAACGCAGAGUAUACCCAGCAGUGCAAUGACCAAAUCAUCACCGAAUUAGGACUCGAUAGGAACCCAUAUUUAACUACUUACUACCUAACUAACUAUGUAUGAGAAACUUCGUAACGUGUAAGUAGAUACUGAACUUCUUAUAAACGAACAUAAUAUUUAUGACGAUAUAAGACUAUACACUCAUAUAUAUACAUGCAUAUACGUACAUAAGCAACAAAUUGUGGCUACAAGAGUUUGUUCCUUCAUGGUGGCGACCGACCAUGUGAACCAUUACUGCCAGCCAAACGUCUCCGAGUAAAUAUGAUUAAGUCUAAUCGCUGAACUUUUGUAUGAUUUUUUUGCUGCGAGAAUAUUCACAUCAAACGCGAUUGCCUCCAACAAAAUUGACGGAGAUAAAUGUUUGCCCAUGGUUGAGGAACAGUUUAAAAGGAAGCAUGAGGCAUAAUCAACGAAAUACCUGAAACUUUCCGUUGUCACCGAAAGUUCAAGAAAAUCACAUUUCUGGUAAUGACAAACCACCCCACAAAUCUCCUAGUUAAUUCAAUAAAAAAGCCUCAAUUCUAAAUCAAAGUGUCCAACAAACAAAUAGCGGCCUAAAUACGUUGCCUACGGGAUACCAAUAAUUACAUAAAUUUCUGUGUAAUCUCCAAUUACAUAGUCGUAGCUUGAAACGACUAUUGAAGUCCGUAUUGUGCCAAUCGUAAACGUAAGGCACCGGAAAUCCUUCACAUUGCGACCACGACACACUAUUAAAAACGCUGGGUAGACCGUGUACGAGUCGAUCCCCUUUCCAAAUUACACCGACCCUACGCGUGCUAUACAAUGUCAAAAACGAUUUCAUGAAAGCAAACGCAUCGCACACGAUUCCUUGAAUUGACACUAUCGAUUUUUUGUAUGCAUUUUUAUUGUUGUUCAGUUUAACGUCCUUUCAUCAGGACCAUCCCGUUUGCCAACCUCAUAUUAGGACAAGGAAAUUCCAUAUAAUAAACCCUAUUUUGAUCCAUUUCCUCGUUUGUUCUGAAGUUAAAAGUAAUGAUGGGUGUAUAAGGGUGAUUAUCCCUUUAGAGUCCUUUUAAAUAUGCAGACACAGUUGUUCAGCUCGCCCUUGCUCAUUCUGAAUUGCAUUCACUUUUUAUUUACCUUUAUUUUCAAUAUGACGGGACUAUAUCCGUUUUUGCUGAAAUAAACUGUGUUAGAUAUGUACGUGGAGUUGUUUGUGCUUGUCGAAGUUCUCGAACCUCGUCCUUUUUUGUUGCCCCAUACACAGCUUAAUGCGGUAUUGUUUGAUUUUCAAAAUAGCCGUCCUUUUUAAUCCACGUGCUAUUCAGGACAGCAACAAAGAAAAUUUAAUCCUUUGGAUCCUCUUAAAAUUGAGGACACAAGAUGCAUGUGUGUCUUCGGAAAUGAUACAUUGAUACACUAGCUUCUAUAAGUUUGUCAACAUUGCAAAGGAUUAUUUACGUUAUUAAGGAUUUGAUAACUACCUUAAUAACAUAAGUAAUAUUUAGACUUAAAAUGCAAACCGUAUUGCUUUAAAAUUGGAUAGCUAAAAAUAUCGGUAGAUUCUGGUUGCCCACAGUGCUAAAAGAGUGAAAACUAGUUUUUUCCCUGAAUUCUAUCAGCUUUCAAUCAUGUAGCGCACCGUAAUGAACACGAAGACUGUCGAUGGUCAGGAUUGGAAUCAGAGUUAAUUAUUUUCAUUCACGAAAGCGGAGCUAUCAUUUGGUUCUUAAAUGCAGCUCUACCGAAAUUGGUAUUCUCUCACAGAUGCUGCAAGUUUGUCUUAAACUAAAGGUCAGGAAAAUUGUUUGUAGCAUCCAAUGUAAAUGUCUUUCUAGUCUGUCACGAUUUAGGUUGCCCGCCAGAAUUCCAAUCUCAAAACAUUUUAAUAGACUCACGGCUCAAGAAUUUUCCUUGUUACCCACUACCGCUAUUAUCUUCUGCUGGGGAUCAGAUCAUCCCAAAAUUCAAGGAGAGAAAGCUUCUAAGUAGGAAUACUAAUUGCAAUGUUUGCUUUUGUGCUUUUGAAGAUUAAUUUCCAUCAGGACAACGUGGCUUGAAAAUCAAUAAAUCAAAGGACAAAAGAACCAAAAGAAAGUAGAUAUAUUCACAAACAAGAGGCUAUUCCCAUCAAAUCAUGCAUUAAGGUUACUCGGAAUUCAGCACACAAGUACUAUCCCGAAGGCAUCCUUCCAAUAAGUAGCCUAUGAAUAGCAAAUUAAAUUUUAGUGUGACCCUUGUGUAUGACGGGUAUGGAUUUCGCAGAAAAUGAUGAUUAACAACGUACCUAAAAUAACAUGAGGAUGUGGCUAAGGACGGUACCUUGCGCUUUUGUCGGAUUUCGCCGAAUCGACAAAAACGAAAUUGGCAAUUUGCCGAUAUAGGACAAGAACGGUAGCAGAUGUUUCUAAGAGGGAUCCUUUCUUUUGGUAGAUGCUUAAUAGCACGUGCUUGUUAUGGUAAAGAAUGUUUAAUAAUUUUUUUGUGAGGAAGGAUAAAAGUGCUGCCGGUACAUAAUUUGGAUUAAAGAGAUAAUAGGUUUCGUAUUUCUGCAUAAAAUUGCUGGGCGUUGAAUAGAUUCUUUGUCGUUAAGUUUGUUGGUUAAUUUGGAGUUAAGCGAACAUAUGGCGAAAGGAUUUAAUUAUCUCAAAUUGAGAGAAAUGUCAACAAUUUAUCGUAAAUAUGAAAUUUUCCUGUUCAUUCCAUUCAUUUUUCAUCCAGUUUAUGCAGACACGUAGUGAUUUGUUUCCUUGUAAGAUAUUCUUGGGUAUCAGAAUCGAUUGGGAGUAAAACACAACAGUGUUUCUCUCGUGCGACUCUUUGCAAGAAAAACCAUUUUUAAAGAUGUGAUGAGUGAAAUAGUAUUUGUUAUAUUUAUACCAAAAGGUUAAUAAUAAUAUUCAGAAAAAUAAUCGUGAGUAGGUUUUACAAACAAGAGUUGCUUGAAAAAUAGGGACUAACGGUUUCGUCCAGGGCAGAGGCAACUCAUCAGACGCUGCCUCACCUCUGCCCUGGGAGCAGCGUGACCGUAAGUGGGAACAGAUCGAAGACGCUCCUUUAUAUAUUCGCCAAAACAUAGCCACUCCCAGGGCAGAGAUGAGGCAGCGUCUGAUGAGUUCCCUUUGCCUUAGACGCAACCGUUAGUUGCCUAUUUUUAAAUGCUUAGGUGUCAUGCCCCAAACGAGGGAUCCGUGGAGCAAAAAACGUGAGAAUAAGUUGCUCUCCAUUUGGUCCGGUCCAACAUCAAGUGAAUGUGGACUUAGGAUCCCUUACUAUCCUAAACAAUAAGAGUGGCUUUAUUUUCUACAGUUACUUAAUUAAAACACUUGAAAAUAGAUCCGAAUUAUACUGUACAUUUUUUACUAUUUAAAAUUUGCCGCAAAUGCGUGUUUCGGACAUAAUAUCCUUAUAGAAUUAACACCAAAGAAGGCUACAUGUUGUGCCUGAAGCACGUGUUUGCAACGAAUUCUAAAUAAUAAAAACUACAGUAAUUGGAAUAUAUUUUAAUUAUCAUGAAACCUCUCCCUUACGCUUCCAGAUGGCCUUGCGGCGACGAAGGUCACUAACACAAUCACCAUCUCAAUCAGCUUUGAGACAAUAGUCUCCCUCUGCCUAUGCAUAAGCCGCUCAUGAGAAUGUAAUCUCCUGCUGGAGGCAACGCCCCCCAAAAUUUACUGAUAGCUGAUUUAAAGCAGAAAAUCCUGCUCUAGACUUGUCCGCCACUACUUUGAUUUGCUCGAAAAAAAUCGUCUUCGAGUCGAGAGUCAAUCCAGUACAUUUAACCGCUGACUGUUGACUCCUGUAAUCGUCUCAAUACAGGAGGCAGAGAGAAAAUUCAAAUUCCUAGUCAAGUUGACGGUUUUCUUCCAGCGUAAGGCCGAAUUCAUGGACAGUCUUCCAUCCGUUUACCCGUCGAAUCUACAUACCACGUCUGCUUUAUGCUUGUUAAGUAGUGCGUCCGGCACCAAUUGCCGCAACAUAAUCUGCAUACCAAAAAGGGCACAAUUCCUCUGAUAUGUGAAGUCUUACUAGAUUAUCAUGGGGAGCGCCCCUGGGUACCGGGCCUUUGAUGGACCUCUAUACUACCCUCAAUAUCAUCUCCAUUCUCAUUUGGCCUUAAAAUGUCUUAUUGCGCAUAUCCGUAUCUCCGCACAUAAAAAGGGUCUUGUGAUGUGUCUAGCAUAGCUGUUUAUCUUAAGGAAUUGAAAGCACUUCUAUAGUAACAUCAUUCCGGUACUGCUCGCUAACUAGUAGUAGGCCUUAUUUGACCUCCGGAGGGAACUGUGCUGGCAACUCGUAACCGGUUACACUCUGUCGCAUGCUGAUUUAGAAGCUGCGGCUCAUGUUGUUUUAACGGACACCGCCCGGCCCCUACUCUCACCAGUCGCAUCCCCGCAGAGAACGCAACUCUCCUUUAGUCUUCCCUUAGUGGUAUGCUAUAAUCCUGUCAGAUCAAAAUGUGUGCCUGUAAUGCAACCAUAUUUUCCGAAAUUCCUGCACUUGUAUUCUACAUAUUAAACUAACAAGUUUCACUUUUCUGUUACAAAAUUUCUUCGGGUACUGUUAGGCAACGUCUACCAGUUUUUGUUCUCGAGAGUUCAAAGAGGUGAUGCCAAUCCGGAUAUUGAUUACUUUUGGGCGUUAAUGUUUCAGGGCCUUUUCUACGUCGGUCUUUUCAGUAAAACAAAUGAGGUGUCGGAUUUUCAAAGGACACAUAGGCUCCAUACUCAAAGCUUUCUCCAGCAGAUCUUUUACCGUCUCAUAAAGCACGUCCUUGUCGGCUGUGUUCGGACUCGUUUCAACAAAGAUUCCGGCAAUCUUUGUUUUCGAUAUGAAAAAUAUUUUACUCCACUGUCUUCGGACUCGAUCUUAUAGCGGAUCUCGUUGAAAAUUGCCGCGUUUAAUGCCCAGAGCUGGCGGGUUGGUCUCCUUCACUUUUUAUUUAGCUGUGCGUUAUUUGCACUGCGCACUACAACCAGCAGGCAACCAGUUCUUUCUCCAUCUCCACUGUACGUUUGGUUUUUUUGUUUGUCUAUUCUCUAUAAAAUGUCUACCAUAGCAUUAUGUGCAAGGCAACGGGCCACAUACUUAUUUGGGAUCCCAUAGACGGAUUUCACAUUUCGAUGUGGAAUACCCUUGGUGUCGCAAUGACAAUUUGUAAGGUGUAAGCUCAACUGUGGGAUAAAAACUCAUUGUUAUGAAUCUACUUCGUUAACUGAAAUGUCUUAGUAAAACCCUUACUUUCAAUGAAACUGAAAUUAGUGUUAGUUUAUUCCUUUUGAUCAUUGCAACAAAUAUAGUGCUAAUUUCGAAGCAUGAAUUUUCAAUAUAAUAUCAGCCAAGAAUGUACCCUUUUCAUUCUGAAAUGACACCACUAGAUUAUGUUAUUUUGGUUCUGGUUUGCUUUGGAAUACAAACUGCGUAUACCGCGAUUCUUCUUUUCAAGGAAGCGGGUCUCACAUUUUACAAUUGCGAUUCGCCGUUUUGAACUGCGGUACCACACACUCGGACUACAAUAGGUGAAUCAUGCUAUAUCUUAACACUUCUAUUCAGGCAGAUAUCCGUCACAAGCCUUUGCGAAUUAAGGAGUGCAUCUUAAGAAAUAUUCAGACUAUUUACUGAAGAACCAUUUACCAAGACUGAUUUUCUGAAGGUCAUAGUUUGGAAGUAAUGUCUUAUUAGAAGAGUUAUUACAGACCUUAUGGUCAGUUUCUUAAGCGACAGUAAAGGCUGCAGUUCAUUUAUUUAAACUCGAAGUCACUUUUGGUGUAUUGUGGGAACUAGAAUUCCGCUCCGACAGAUUAAAUGGAAAUCCUUUUCAGUGCUCCUCUUUAGUGAGCUUUAGUUGGCGUGGUAUUAUUUGAAAUUCAUGCCAUUCAUUCAUUCCAUCUUGCGUAUGGGGCAAUUAUGCGUUAGGCCGUUGUUUCUUUCCCGCGAAUUUUCUCAAUUGCAAAGUCCGAGGAAGACAAAUAUCAGGAUGAGGUGUAAAUAUCCCAACAUCUUCGAGUGGACAAUGCUUUCCUUCUACACAUCCAAAAUCUAAAACAAUUAAGUGAUCACUUUUCAAUUUAGUUCACUACUCAUUUCCUCCUCCCCCCCUCGCUCAGAUUCCUCAAAGAAGAAACAUGCACUUAAAGUGCUCGUAGUUCCUGAGCGCAAGAAAUGUUUACACUUACAUGCACCUUGGGAAAAACGACAUUUUCCUUAAAGAAGUUUAGUUAGUGUUUGGUGAUUAUCACCAACACCAUCUUUCAUUACCCAAUGUCUCCAACAUCACCAAUUAUUACUUAUCACUAGAUUGAUAUUUGCCAUGCAUUUAUCAUAUUCACAGUGUAAAAUGUACAGCAGCUCCAAGUAGGUAAGAAUGAAGAAAGAACCUUUCAUGCCAGUCAAGACAAGAAGCAGGAAUCUUCUGCUUCUUUUCAUUUCUACAGCAAGAUAUUUUCACAUGUAAAGAACACGGAGUCCUGAUUCUUAUGAACGAGUAUUACUUAGAAAAAAUAUCACUUAUCGGCGCAUGCAUUUGCUAUUGCCUCGUUCGGAAUUGCAAAGAAUCCCUAUCGGUAAAAUUUAUCACAAAAGCCCAAAAUCAUUUUAAGGUGCGAAAACCAGCCUAGAGAACAAAGAUUAACCAACCAAUAAAGCGACGUUGACAGCGACUCUGUACGCGACAGCAGCUACCGCCACUUGUACUUCGAAGAAUCGUGAUGUUUUGUAUUGUAAUAUCACAUUAACAUGGACAUUACAAAACAUUAUUUAUUAGUGGUGAUGUUACACCCUAUAUGAUAUCGUUUUCAUGGUAUUACAUAUACCGCAUGAUGCAUGAUGCACGGACACGGUACAUUAGCAAGUGAAGCCAAUUUAACACUUUCUUGCCUACGUAUUAAUGAAUAGGUAAUAGUGAGUCGCUCUUCAAAAUUAGUAUAAUGCCUCAUCAAUUAUAUUGCGGCGGAUUUGGACCACUGUUUGUAUCCUCAAACAAAAAAAUGUCAAAAAGUGGUUAAAAAUACAAAUUUUCUUUCUAAAUAUGAAGGUAUCAGUACUUGAAAAACUCACAGAAAAAGGCAUUCAACAUAAAAGAUUUCAUAGUAAAGUAGCUUCCUUCAAUGGUGUUUUCCGCCUCUAUAAAGUGAGCUGACAAAUGCCUUGCCUUUAGAUUAUUUUCCACAGCAUUGUAAUGACGGCGGCGAGGUAAUCCACCUCCGAGUCCCGUUAGUUUUGUUUUUUUUCCUCCCUGCACAUAUAUAUGAUAUAUAUAUAUAUACCGACGCACGCAUAUCUUUACAAACGUACACUUUCAUAUUAUUUACACAUCCGAUGGCUUGGCAAUGAGUUUAAAGGGGACUUCUAAUACAGUUGGGUAUAAAGACGGGAUGCAAAAUACUUUGUUGCAUCUAGUCAUCGUUGAGCACAUAGCAUAAUAUGAGGCACGUUACUGGAAAGUUUGCUGCAAAUCCUUACGAGUUAAAAUAGUAUCUUUUUUGUGAGUUUAAUAAUAAAAAUCGCGAAAAUCUGGGAUCUGGGCCAUGAAUCGUUUUAGAGUACUUCAUUCGAGACCGUAACGGUACACUACAGGAUAACGGUACCUUGUAGGAGACAAUGUGGCCGCUGAUGAUUAUUACUCUGAUUUGAUAUAGGUACUAAUUCACACUAUAACCAGUGAGAUUUGAACCGCAACCUUCACAACGAUAGCGUAGCGCUCUAGCCACUGAGAAAUCCGGACAUUUCUUGUGAAUAGUCUGACAUACGAAACGUAUAUACGCUAUGUUAUUUAUAACCAAAUAGAAAUAGUAUUUUUCUAUAAUAUUUUGUGUCAAUUUAUGAAUGUACUACUUUAAACCAAAAUCACUACUGAAUCUCAGUUAUCAUCACUCUUCCUGCAGUAGAAUCGUUUUCUCUUAAGGCAUACGAUUAAGCCAGGGAUAUAAAUUACAUUUAGCUGAACUGUUGAAAAAGCGGGUAUCCUAUUAGUUCCUUUGUUGAGCACCCAAUUAAUAUGCGGCUGCUCGUCGUUAAAAGAUCAUACAAAAGUUCCGAUAAUAUCUGUAACGGCACAAAUAUAAGUUAAUGAAAAUCGCACUUUUAGAUUUAUCUAAAGUUUUUCCGGACUUGAAAUAUACUUUUUCCAUUAGAACGAAAAUACCAUAUGAUAAUUAAUUAUAUUUUCAAGAAAACGAACGACUUUUUGUAGCCCGUAGGCAAUCAGAAACGGAACAAAAUAAAAAAAAUUAGAGUGAUCUCUCAAUGGUUAGUGUUGCAUUAUUCCCUUAGUAUAAAUUGAAUCUUUUUUCAGACUAUAGAAAACCUACAAGACUUAUUAAACACUACCCCAACAGCGACAAUUCGAUAUGAAUACAUACAUUUUCUUAUAAAGCAAAAAAACAAAUAACUUUGUAAUAAAAUAUUUUUAUCUGAAAAAUCGAUUUUGAUAAAAAUCAUUUUUAUACCAUGAGAAAUAAGCCAUAAUAAUACUAACAAAAUAUUUGUACGAAGAAUUAAACUAUUUACAUACAUCCAUUGCGCUGAAACUAAGUAGAUAUUUAGAAAAUGAAUUAGGACAGAAAUUGGGACGUUCGUAAACAGGAGUGUGUAUAUAAUAACCCUAAGAUAAUAUACAACACAAAAUUAAGCAAUCGGAAACAGGAAAACGCAACAGAAAACAUGGUUUAUUAAAAAGAAUAAAUAACGGUAUCAAUGUACUUGUCAAAACUGAUUAGAGUCAUAAAAAAUAGUUUCUAGGGAUAUUUUGGACUGUACAUAUACAAAAGGAAAAGAUACCAAGACUUGAUUUUGUAAAGAAACCAACCGAAAAUUUUCUCCUCAUGAAUUGUCCUAGACGACCGAUAAACACACAAAGCGUGAGAUACAUAGAAUCAUAAAAUAGGCAUAUAUCUAACGUAUUUGCGAAUAUCAUGUAAAAAAUUAUUACACAUAAGGAGUUAGAGUAGAGUAGCUAUUUAAGAGUGGAUGUGUGGCAUCAAAUCUACUGUAAUUUGAAGAAAGUCCUCGGCAAAAUUGUGAGAAAUCUGGAAUUCGUUAAAACAUUUCAAAUCUGGAAAGGUCAAACAUAUUCUGACAUCGCGCGCAGAAACGCUUUUGCACAUUCGAACCCAAGGGUAUUGACCGAAUUUUAAAAUAAAAUACAAUUUUACUAAGGAAAACGAUGCCAUAACAAAACACUUUGUACCUGUGAUACGUUUUAAUGUGAUAGGCGCCAUUUGUUUCCUUCUUUUCUAAUUUUGUUAAAUAUGACUAGAAGAGAUGAAAAGGAAGUUUUUUAUAUUUAAAUUGUUUUCCCCUGUUUUAAAGAACAUUUAUAAAACCUAAAAUGAUGAUUAUAUCAAACAAUAUUGAAAUCUGCUUUGAAUUCAUACAAGUAACUUAUAAACAGCGAAAAAUGUAGAAUUGAAAUAAUUUGAUAUGUUACGAAUAUGUAUAGAAAUAAUAACCCCGAAAUAAUCAUAGGAAACAGCACAUACUUAAAUGAAAUACGAAUAGUUGAAUGAAGAAGGCUUAAAUAUUUUAGCUGAAAUUGUCAAAAAUUUGGAACAAGCUGUCGUUACACUGUACAUAGGUAUUAAUGAAUUAUGAAGGGAAACAUUGAAUAAAAUUUCGCAACACAUGUAGCUAACCGUUGUAAUGGUAAUAAAUACCUAAAUAAAAUACUUUUUAAUGUAAAUAUUUGGAUCUGUACACACCGACACAAAAAGAAUUAUCAUACAGGCAAUAUAUUUCAAAACGGACAUUAGAAUCUAGAAUACAAUGUACUCGAUCGACCUACUUGAAAUAAAAAAAACACAAAUAAUAAUGGAAACAAACAUAAGAGCUAUCACUAAAAACGAAAAAAAACACUUACUAUCUAAUUUAUAAAAAUCUAUCCUAAAUACGACUAAAUAAAAAUCGAUAAUUAACGAAAACAAUGUAAGUUUAGAAUCUAUAUAAUGUUUAGGAUCGAAAGAUAUAAUGCCAUUGUAGAAAUUUUGAAAGAAUGGAAAUUUCGAUGAAAGGAAAAAACGAAAAUUAAAAAAUAUAACUAAAUAAAAUGACAAAAGUUUUUAAAUAUA